GAAGCGCCCUUCCCUUUUUCUUCCUUGUAGGAGCUGGAGGGAAGGUGUGACGUAGGUUCCGUUUCCUGCACGUCUUUUUAUUCCGGUCCUCGCGUACUAAGCACGGUGCCUGGUGUUCGACUCCAGCUGGGGCUGCAGAAGGCAACGGUGGUCAUGGCGAUGUUUGAGCAGAUGAGAGCAAACGUGGGCAAGUUGCUCAAGGGUAUCGACAGGUAUAAUCCUGAGAACUUGGCUACCCUGGAGCGGUAUGUGGAGACACAGGCCAAGGAGAAUGCCUAUGAUCUGGAGGCCAACCUCGCCGUCCUGAAACUGUACCAGUUCAACCCAGCCUUCUUCCAGACCACAGUCACCGCCCAGAUUCUACUCAAAGCCCUCACCAAUCUGCCCCACACUGACUUCACUCUGUGCAAAUGUAUGAUCGACCAGGCACAUCAAGAAGAGCGGCCCAUCCGACAGAUCUUGUACCUUGGGGACCUGCUGGAGACCUGCCACUUUCAAGCCUUCUGGCAAGCCCUGGAUGAGAACAUGGACCUCCUGGAGGGCAUAACUGGCUUUGAAGACUCUGUCCGGAAAUUUAUCUGCCAUGUGGUGGGCAUCACGUACCAACACAUCGACCGCUGGCUGUUGGCCGAGAUGCUUGGAGACCUGACUGACAACCAGCUGAAGGUGUGGAUGAGCAAGUACGGCUGGAGCGCUGACGAGUCAGGGCAGAUCUUCAUCUGCAGCCAGGAAGAGAGCAUUAAGCCCAAGAACAUUGUGGAGAAGAUCGACUUUGACAGUGUGUCCAGCAUCAUGGCCUCCUCCCAGUAACCGUGUGUGCAUUAAUAAAGAUCUGUUCACUACA